AUGUCUGGAGAUGCUGAUUCUAGCAAGUCUACUUCGGGUUACUUGGUAACAUUUGCGGGUGGAGCUGUGGCAUGGCAGUCAAGGCUACAAAAGUGUGUUGCACUAUCUACCACUGAGGCAGAGUUCAUUGCUGCAGUUGAAGCUUGUAAAGAGCUGUUGUGGAUGAAGAACUUCUGUGAAGAGAUCGGUUUCAAGCAAGAAAAGUAUGUGUUGCUUUGUGAUAGUCAAAGCGCUAUUUGUCUCGGGAAGAAUUCUACAUUUCAUUCGAAGUCAAAACACAUUCAGAGGAGGUAUCAUUGGAUACGUGAUGUGGUUGCUUCCAAGGAAGUGGAACUUGAGAAAGUUCAUACGGAUGAUAAUGGAGCUGAUAUGAUGACGAAGUCAUUACCGAGGGGGAAGCUUGAAUGUCUAGAGAACCCUUAUAAACCACAAUACAAUGGAGGGAUCAUCGUGAACCCUGACCUACAAAAUGGUUCACAAGGCUGGUCACAAUUCGCAAACGCCAAAGUCGAUUUCAGAGAAUUCGGAGGCAAUAAGUUCGUUGUUGCACGAGGGAGGAAUCAGUCUUAUGACAGCGUCUCACAAAAGAUUUAUUUGGAAAAAGGACUUCUCUACACUUUCUCGGCUUGGUUACAAGUAAGCAAAGGAAAGGCUCCUGUGAUAGCCGUUUUCAAGAAGAAUGGUGAAUAUAAGCAUGCCGGUUCGGUUAUUGCUGAAUCUAAGUGCUGGUCCAUGCUCAAAGGUGGUCUCACUAUCGAUGAAUCUGGUCCUGCCGAACUUUACUUUGAGAGCGAGGACACAACCGUUGAGAUAUGGGUUGAUAGCGUCUCGUUGCAACCAUUCACACAAGAAGAGUGGAACGCUCACCACGAGCAGACCAUUCACAAAACGAGGAAGGGAGCCAUGAGGAUCAGAGCCGUAAACAGCGCUGGUGAGCCAGUACCAAACGCAACAAUCUCCAUCCUACAGAAUAGACUCGGGUUCUCAUUCGGGUGCGAGGUAGAAAAUAACAUACUUGGGAGCCAAGCGUACCAAAACUGGUUCACUAAGAGAUUCACCGUGACAACUUUCGCGAACGAGAUGAAAUGGUACAGCACAGAAGCAGUAAGAGGCAAAGAGGAUUACACGACAGCAGACGCGAUGUUAAGAUUCUUCAAACAGCAUGGUGUCGCUGUACGUGGACACAAUAUCGUAUGGAACGACCCUAAGUACCAACUUAGUUGGGUGACUUCUUUAUCCGGUAACGAUCUCUACAACGCCGUGAAAAGAAGGGUUUCCUCGGUGGUCUCAAGGUACAAAGGCCAGCUUGUGAGUUGGGACGUUGUGAAUGAGAAUCUACAUUUCUCGUUUUUUGAGAGCAAGAUGGGUGCUCAAGCCUCUUAUAACAUCUAUGCGUUGGCACAUUCCAUAGACCCACGUACAACAAUGUUUAUGAAUGAGUACAACACGUUGGAGCAACCGGGAGAUUCGGCUUCUAGUCCAGCAAAGUAUUUGGGGAAGCUUAGAGAGCUUCAAUCUAUUCGUGUAGCCGGAAAAAUUCAGUUAGGGAUCGGUCUUGAGUCUCAUUUCAACACUCCUAACAUUCCGUAUAUGAGAUCAGCUCUUGACACUCUUGCUGCCACUGGUUUGCCUAUUUGGCUCACUGAGGUCGACGUCCAAGCUCCUCCAAAUGUCCAGGCCAACUAUUUUGAGCAGGUCCUAAGGGAAGGCCACGCGCAUCCGCAAGUGAAAGGAAUGGUGACUUGGAGUGGUUAUUCCCCAUCAGGUUGCUACAAAAUGUGCCUCACCGAUGGCAACUUCAGGAACCUACCCGCCGGGGACGUUGUGGAUAAACUUCUGCGUGAGUGGGGAGGGCUUCGUGUGCAAACCACAGGUUUGACUGAUUCUGAUGGAUUCUUUGAAGCUUCACUCUUUCAUGGUGACUAUGAUAUCAAUAUUGCUCAUCCUCUCAUUAAUUCAACUGCUUCUCACAGCUUUACGUUAACUUCUGAUGACUCUCCACCAUCUCCAUUUGUCGUUCAUGUUUGAUACGCUAAGUUUACAACUACUUUGUACUAUUUGAGUAGUUUAAUUCUUAGUGAAAAUAGUACAGCAAGUCUGAGGAAACUCCCAAGAGCGAUUAUUACUCUUGAACACUUUUUUCAUGAGCAAAAGAAAUAUUUUUGAAUUUUUUUAUUUUACACUAAAUUUGAUUAGGCUAAUUAACUUUGAUAUUUUUGUUUUGCUAAAGAAAAAUUUCUCAUACCAGUCUAUGUCACUUGACAAGUGCUUCGACGUAACUCCAAAAAUGUUUCACGGUCAGCAAUUUUAGCUACUAGUUGUUAAAUCCAACUUAAUUCUUGCUCUCCUUUGUAGGUAAUGCUCAUUUAUAUGAGUAAAACGUACUUUUACCAUUUAAGGUUUUAUAAAUUCCUUCUUGCUUUGAAAUUGGUUGUGGAUAUUUAUCUUUUGUUUUGGGAGUUUGUUACUUAAAGGCAGGUGGAAUCCGUUCGAAAAGUAGGUGGUAUGGUAUCCCUUCUUCUAGGUUUAGGUUGGCCGUAUUCGUUUCACAAUGUGUAGUUUAAGUAAUUUUCAUCCGAUAUAAAGCCUUUAUCUAAAAGUUUAAAGGCUAUUGCAGUAUAAGACUACAGUAUGUGUAAAUUGAAGAUGGUGCUCCUAUUCGUAAGCCUGUCUUUGUAACGAACCAUAAAAUCAAUUACAGCUUCUGUGGUAACACAAAUGCAACAUAUUUGCUUGUUUAUAUUACACAUUCAUAUCAUGGUUUCUUGUAUAUAAAGUUACUAUUUCAAACCAGUGAUGCUUGUGUAUUUUGUCUCUUGUAGAUGUGUUCAGUCUCUGGUUACAGUUUUGUUUUCCGGAUACAUAAAUAACUGUAACCAAUUAAACCACUUCGAUCUUAAGUUCGGAUAGGUUUCUUCUUUUUAACGGAAGCGAGGAUGUUGGUCUUUGCUUAAAAGGUGGCAUUGUACCAAAUGUAUACAUAGGUUGUCGGGUGCUUUAAGUAAGUUAAAAAGUCAAAAGUAAUGUUUGGUCGGAUGUUAAAAUAUAUAUAUGAUCUCAUCAAGAUACCGACCGUCCAAUUCCACUUAAAUCAUGUUCUUCGUCCAGAAAAGAAAAAGGAAAAAAAUUAAAGCCCAGAAGAAUGAAAAAGGAAAAAGAAGGGAUAAGUGGGAAGAGGUUUGUGACUUGAGCACGUUACUUCUUCACCAAGGAAGCGACAUUUGCUUGUAAAGGCAUGCGGAUACAAAAGGAUCAAGCAGAGUUUGUUCUUUUAUUUUCUUCGUUUGAGAGAGGUGGAGAGGUGUGGGCUCAGGCUCCUUGAUGUGACAUAAAGAAUGUCCUUAACACCUUAACCGAGUUCUCCAAGCAACAUCUCAGCACCUACAUCCGAAUAAACAACACUCAGGUUCAUGACCACUUGGCAAGCGAAAGUCAAUUCCGUAUGCAAAAAAAAACUGACCUUUGCAGCCAUCAGAUCCUCGUUAGCAAGCACCUGCCAGGUGAAUAAAAAAAAGCUCUUCAAGCACCUGACUUAAAUCAAGAGCACAAAGUGUGUGCAGAGGUUUUCUGUUUAAACUACCUUCUCUCCAGCAUUCUCGGAGAUCCGUUUCAGAGGGUAAGUCAGUCCUCUUUUCACUAUAUCAGCUCCGACCUGAAGCAAAGACAAGUUAGAAGACCUGAAUGUUUAGGAACUAGAAACUGAAUGCUUGAUCAAAUUAUACCUUUUCUUCAUCAUCAAGGGAGUCUUUAAUGACAUCAACCUUGGAAGCAAGAUGUAAAAGAAUACAACCACCACCAACCACAACACCUUCCUCAACAGCAGCCUGCAGAAUACACAUACUGGUCAGUAUAAUUCACUGUCUAUGCACAUAGCACGUCAGAGAAAAAAGGCCACCUUUGUAGCGUUAAGAGCAUCUUCAACUCUAAGUUUCUUCUCUUUGAGUUUUGCCUCCGUUUGUGCUCCCACCUUUAACCAAUUACAUAAGAGCUUUCAAUUAAUAUCUCUCCAACACAUUCUUUUGUUAUAUUAAACAAUACCAAUGAGGUUUGUAAUUUAACCUGAAUCACAGCAACUCCAGCAGAGAGCUUUGAAAUUCUCUCGUUCAGUUUUUCCUUCUCGUAACCUUGCUCUGCUUGCUGCACAAACCAAGUAGGAAUACAACUGUAAGUAUACUAGCGACAAAAGCUAAGUUAUAUGUUUGGUCUACUACAAGUUAAUACCUCAAUAAGGUUCUUAAUUUGUGUAACAUGCUUCUGCACUGCGUCAUGUGUGCUCCCAUCACCAACAAUGGUCGAACUUUCCUUAGUGAGGACCACCUUUGCAGCAUGUCCAAGAACCUCUUUUCCAGAUUUGUCAAGUGAAAGACCAACUUCCUCUCGAAUCACAGUUGCUGCAAACCCAGAAAGAGAGGCAGAAAAGGAUUAAAGCCAAAACGAUUAUGCCUAAACACAUGGCUCACCAAUGCUUACAGAGAACUUACCUCCAGUGAGGAUGGCAAUAUCAUCAAGGUACUGGCUCUUGAGCUCUCCAAAACCUGGAGCUUUGAGAGCUGCAAUCUUAAGUGCGCCUCUACGCUUGUAACCAACAAGGAUAGCUAACGCCUCCAGGUCAAUUUCUUGUGCGAUUACUAAAAGUGGGUAACCUCCUCUAAUGGCAACCUCAAUAACACCAACAAUGUCUUCUGCGUUGGCAAUUUUCAUGUCAACAAGAAGCAGCUGCAAUACAAUAAAAAUCCAUCAGAGAGAGAACAUUUAACAGCUGCAAGACUAUGAUGGAUAGAGCUCGGAAUCAAGAACUUACUUUGCAAUGGUCGAACUCAACAGCCAUCUUCUCAUUGUCUGUCACAAAGAAAGAGGAGAGAUAACCAUUAUCAAACUGCAGUCCUUCCACAAUGUAGAGAGCAAGAACGAUUAACAUAACUUCGAUACACAAAAAACGUUGGCAAGUAUAACAUAUUCUCGUAUAUGUCCAAUCAUCUCCAUUUUGUCCACUUGUUUUGGGAUGUGUUAGUUUGAUUCAUAAAGAUUCAUAAAAAGUUUGAUCUCCAGUAGUGAUUUAUUUUCCAUUUUUGCUUUAGUUUUUAUUCUAUUAGUACUUUAUUUUUUCAAAUUUUGAAAAAUUGAACAGUAUUUGCUCA